AUGGCGGGGACGGCGGAAGCUCUGGUUUUCGCACCUCCACCGGACGAAGAAUUAGUGACCGAGACAAAUGAUCUGAUUUCUGUCUCCGUUGCUCCUCGAGAAGAUUUCCGGGUGCUCUGCACUUCGAAACGGGCCGUGUCGGAAAUGCUAGAGCUGUGCGGCCGCUUCGUGGAAAAGCUAGGGGAUGUGCUACCAGAGGAGAUUCGGGAGUCGGCGCUGCGGGAUGCACAGUGGACUUUUGAGUCAGCUGUGCAAGAGAAUGUCAGUAUUAAUGGGGAAGCGUGGCAGGAAGCUUCAGAGAAUUGCUUUAUGGAUUCUGACAUCAAAGCACUUGAAGAUCAGUUUGAUGAAAUCAUAGUCGAUAUAGCCAUGAAACGUAAGCAGUAUCCCAGAAAGAUCCUUGAAUGUGUCAUCAAAACCAUAAAGGCAAAACAAGACAUUCUGAAGCAGUAUCACCCUGUUGUACAUCCAUUGGACCUAAAAUGUGACCCUGAUCCAGCUUCUCGUAUGGAAAUUUUGAAAAACCGAGGGAAAACAAUAGCUAAGGAGAUCAGUGAAGCCAUGAAGUCUUUGCCUGCAUUAAUUGAACAAGCAGACGGAUUUUCCCAAGUUUUAAAGAUGCAGCCUGUUAUUCAGCUCCAGAGGGUCCACCAAGAAGUCUUUUCCAGUUGUAAUAGGAAACCGGAUGCUAAACCCGAGAGUUUUAUAACCCAAAUAGAAACCACACCAACAGAGACUGCUGCCAGGAAAACCACUAACGUGGUACUCAAAAGGAGGAGACCUAAAGACUGCCCUCAAAGAAAAUGGUAUCCACUGCGGCCACAGAGAAUUAAUCUUGAUACAUAG